AUGACUGAUGUACGUGAUCUUGCUGCUGAAUUCAUUACAGGUUACGGUGGUGCCGCUUCCGCCAAGGCAAUAGCACAUACACGAAAAAUCGAGAAUCUAUUUAGAGAUGCUGAUCGGUUUGUUGAAGAAUAUCUUGAAUCUGAUUCGAUGGAUUAUGCUUCGGACGACGAAUCUAAUGUCUCGUCAGAAGAUGAUGAAGAAAAUAGUAACAGUUGA